AUGACGCGCAGCAUCGUGCAGCAGACUCUGAGGCCCGCCGCAGGCCCAUCUGUUCCGCUUCGGCCUGCAGAGCUGAGAGAACUCAGCACAGAGGUACCUCGGGAGCCUUCCUGGCCCUCGGACGGCCCUUCGUCCUGGAAGCAGGCUGAGGCAUCGACUCCGACUUCGUUGUCCUCCGGCGUUCAGGCGGCUGAGGCCGCUGGUGAGAGCCAAAAUGCUGUGCAGGUCCCAGCAGCAUGGGAAAGUUCGCCCAACUCAAAGGUUGAGGCGCCGCUUGUCGACAAGCACAAGUGUACGCCACGGAAUCCUUUCUGGGUACAGCCUGAGGUAAUGCAAAAGAAGCCGAGCUCUCGCAGGAGUUGCGAUGGCUUGAAUCACUACCUAUCCGGCGCAGCGCCACUUCGAUGUCUCAGUGACGUUGUCGAUGCUGGCGAUCGCAAUUAUGAGAUCGAAAUUGCAGAGGAAGACUUGACAACUGUCCAUAUAAGCAGCUGGGAGCAGCGCCUGGACUGGAGAAGCUUUCUCAGCGAGGCCGUGGCUUCCAGCCUUGCUCGGCAGGCGUUUAUGAAUUUCGAUGUUGAGGCUGAGCCUCCAGCUUACGCAAGACCGCCGCCUUCCUCUAAAGAAAGCUCUCCAAAGCAACCGACCGGCAACCGGCACUGCGUUGCUCCGGACGGCUCGG